GCGGGGCUUGGCCAAGGAAGGCGCACAUCCUCGGGCGGGCGGCCGUGACGCGGCGGGGAUUAACUUUGCAUGAAUAAUGACGUGGAAGAGUUGACUCAGAAAAGGAAUUUGAAACAGAGUUUCAGACCGCAUUUCAUUAUUUGUACAGAAGAGUUGAAGAGGAAGUUCUGAUGAGAUCUGUGGUUUUCCUCCCAUUGGCCGGCCAGCGUGGAUGCCAAGUUCUGCACGUGAUUUAAUGGAUCAGAAGGAGGUGUCAGUGAAAAAAAGGGUCCAGAAUGAUUACUAAUCUAUGACUCCCAACAGUAUGACAGAAAAUGGCCUUCCAGCCUGGGACAAACCAAAGCACUGUCCAGACCGAGAACACGACUGGAAGCUAGUAGGAAUGUCUGAAGCCUGUCUACAUAGGAAGAGCCAUGCGGAGAGGCGCAGCACAUUGAAAAAUGAACAGUCGUCACCACAUCUCAUCCAGGCCACUUGGACUAGCUCAAUAUUCCACCUGGACCAUGACGAUGUGAAUGAUCAGAGUGUCCCAAGUGCCCAGACCUUCCAAACAGAGGAGAAGAAAUGUAAAGGCUACAUCCCCAGUUACUUAGACAAGGACGAGCUAUGUGUGGUGUGUGGCGACAAGGCCACGGGGUAUCACUACCGUUGCAUCACGUGUGAAGGCUGCAAGGGUUUCUUUAGAAGAACCAUUCAGAAAAAUCUCCAUCCAUCCUAUUCCUGUAAAUAUGAAGGAAAAUGUGUCAUAGACAAAGUUACGCGAAAUCAGUGCCAGGAAUGUCGCUUUAAAAAAUGCAUCUAUGUUGGCAUGGCAACAGAUUUGGUACUGGAUGACAGCAAGAGGCUGGCGAAGAGGAAGCUGAUUGAGGAGAACCGGGAGAAGAGACGGCGGGAAGAGCUGCAGAAAUCCAUCGGGCACAAGCCAGAGCCCACAGACGAGGAGUGGGAGCUCAUCAAAACUGUCACUGAAGCCCACGUGGCCACCAAUGCCCAAGGCAGCCACUGGAAGCAGAAACGGAAAUUCCUGCCAGAAGAUAUUGGACAAGCACCAAUAGUAAAUGCCCCAGAAGGUGGAAAGGUUGACUUGGAAGCCUUCAGCCAUUUUACAAAAAUCAUCACACCAGCAAUUACCAGAGUGGUGGAUUUUGCCAAAAAGUUGCCUAUGUUUUGUGAGCUGCCAUGUGAAGACCAGAUAAUCCUCCUCAAAGGCUGCUGCAUGGAGAUCAUGUCCCUUCGCGCUGCUGUGCGCUAUGACCCAGAAAGUGAGACUUUAACCUUGAAUGGGGAAAUGGCAGUGACGCGGGGCCAGCUGAAGAAUGGGGGUCUUGGGGUGGUGUCAGACGCCAUCUUUGACCUGGGCAUGUCACUGUCUUCUUUCAACCUGGAUGACACAGAAGUAGCUCUCCUUCAGGCUGUCCUCCUGAUGUCUUCAGACCGCCCAGGGCUCGCUUGUGUUGAAAGGAUAGAAAAAUACCAGGAUAGUUUCCUGCUGGCCUUUGAACACUAUAUCAAUUACCGAAAACAUCAUGUGACACACUUUUGGCCAAAACUGCUGAUGAAGGUGACAGACCUGAGGAUGAUUGGAGCCUGCCAUGCCAGCCGCUUCCUGCACAUGAAGGUGGAAUGCCCCACGGAACUCUUUCCCCCAUUGUUCUUGGAAGUGUUUGAGGAUUAGACUGACUGACUUUAUUCUCAUAAUUCCUACAGCACUACUGGGUGUCAUUUCAUUCCAUUGCCUAGCUCUUUUUUGUUUGUUCCUUCGUUUCUUUGUGUUGGGAGAGACUAUCUGGGGGUAAAGGGAGGUAGUCCUUAGCAUAGACAUGGAUGAAAUUGCCCCCUGAAUGCGGGUACUUGUAACUAUUGCAUUUUGUUCUCCAGUCCUUUGAUGUGAAUGCUUUGAAGGUUUUACAGUUGUGGAGGUGGGGUGGGGACAAUCAUUAAUUCACCAGCACCAAGCCAUCACCAGCUCCCAUCCAUCCCUGGUCAGAGACUCAAGCAAGCAAAAUGGCAUGGCAGAAGACUAAUGAAGCCUUAAACCAAGAUAAUAUGGUCAUCUUGAUCCAGCCCUGAUUUUUGCAGGACUCCAAUUAGCACGGCACAGACCAACUUUGGUUAGAUGUGGCUUUCAGCUUUCUAGGGAAGGGUCUGAACUGAUUUUUAUCUAUUCAAGAGCACUCUGUUUCCUCACCCUUCAUUCUCUCCUGGCAGCAUAACCUAGAAUGUAUAGGAAUAUUUGUUCCUGAAAAAUCAGCUGUCCUUUCACUAUAAUUUUUAUCAUCCUAUGAUUUAAUUCAAGUUAUAUAAGGGUGUGACUCAAAGAUAUGCAGGUAUGUGACUGAUUGAGGCCAACAAGGGAAACGAUUUUCCUCCGUGAGCCCAAAGAAAUUAGAAAACUUAACUAAUCUCAAUGACUAAACAGUUUCCAAAAAUUCACAUAGUCUUACCUCAUAGUAAGGAAGGCUUCUUUACAGUUUAGGCUCAGAGAAAAUUUCCAAAGAAAUCAAACCUAUUUACAGAGUGUUGUCACUUUUCAAUGACAUCUGAUCUGUCAUCUCCCAAACUCCUGAAGUUAUUUAAUCCUGAUUGCAUCUUUGCUGAGCUGACAACAGAUUUCCCUGUGGAUUAAAUCUUCUAAUCAAGGAGAGAUAACAAGCUAAAAUUUGAGUCUUGUUGUGGAGGAAUUCUGAGGCAAGAUUAGUGCGGUACAUUUUGAGUUGAAGGAAGUGCAGUGUUCUGAGAGUGUCUUCGUGUGCUGAUGGUUCCUUUUGGUCUUAGAUCCUCAAGCUCUUUGCUCUACAAACAAAUGCUUCCAAGUCCCCUUUUCCCUCUGUCAGGCUUGACUAUCACUGAACAAAGCCUGGUCUGGCCACUGACCCUCUCUGCCUCUCUGACAGAGAUCUCACAGAAAAUACCUGCAGACCAUGUACACAAACCUUACUCCCCUUGCCUACCUAACCCUCCUCCCUGAUGAUAAACGCUGGAGUAGGCUCUGCUCAGAAAACCCAUGGUGACCCCUGAUCAUUUCAACUUCAGAAAGUGUGCGAAGAAUGUACCCAGGCAAUUGAAUGUAUCUUAUUCUUCACUGGUAUAGUAGACAUAAACUAUUCCUUUACCUGC